AAAGGUGUGACUGUACCCGGGAGCAGACAUGUCCACAGACAUAUGGGUGGGGAGCUGGCGCCCCCAUCGGCCCAGAGGACCAAUCGCUGCCCUGUACAGCAGCCCGGGACCCAAGUACGGGCUGCCAACGAAUGUAGGUUACCAACUGCACGACCCUUCUCGCUUCCGGGCUCCUGCCUACAGCUUCGGCACCCGCCGGUUCCAGCACCAAGAAAGCUGCUCGCCGGGGCCAGGCUACCUGGUCCCGCCCAACAUGACCAUGAAGGGGAAGGACGGCACUCCGGCAUACUCCAUCUAUGGGCGCCCCCGGGACGUCAUGCCCUUCAAGACUCCGGGGCCAGGAUGCUACAGCCCAGAGAAAGCCGGGAGAUUGGCCUACCCCGCGGCUCCCAUCUACUCGCUUGCUUCGCGGACGAGGGAUUUCGAUACUGACCAGACGCCAGGGCCAGCGGCAUAUGCGCUUCCCCCCAUGAUGGGACCAAGAGUGAUCGGCAAGAGCACAGCCCCCAAUUAUUCCAUUUAUGGUCGUAGCAUGGUGGGCAGCUUCUAUGAGGAUCUCAGCAGG